CAUAAAUUUCAAAAAUCAGAGCGGCACGAGCGGGGUACCAGCCGUCCAGCAAAAAUCGCAUCCUCAUCCGCCGCCACAAAAGCUAGGUCAGGAUGGCGGCGGAUCCGAGCAGGCGGCGGCCGGUGCACCAUCCGGCGGUGAGCGACGUCCUGUCGACGCUCUCCGAAGCCAGCGCCACCCUCGCCGACGUGCAGCGCCGCCUCGACCUUGAGUUCAGCGCCGCCUACCCUGACCAUGCGAAUCCGGCGAAGCUGGUGGCGCGGGUGAAGCGGGUGGUGGAAGAGGUGGCCGUGCUCAAGGAGAUGAGCCGCGACCUCCUCACCGAGAAGCAGAGGCUGAUCGACCAAAUCCGCGUGAGCUUGAUGGCGCAGCGCGGCAUGACGCAGCGGCUGCUCGCCGCGUCCGGGCUGCCUCCCUUGUCCGAUGAUGACGAGGCCGUCCUCAACAGCCUCAACGAGGUGAUCCAAGAAUGGGCUGCUCAUGUCAGUCCCAUCCCAAGUGGAAGGGAGAUCGAGGACCUGGACAAGAACGAUGCCAACCAGAUCCUCUUCUCGACUACUAUCAUUUAGAGAGAGAGAGAGGUUUUCAUGGGAAUGUGGUCCGUGAAGAAGCUGCUUCUUGGGUUGCGAUGCUGUUGGGUGCUCUAGCUAGCUUGUUUGCUGGUCAAGCAUGUGGACUGUUGGUAGUUUACUGUUUUAUGCCUCAAGCAAAACUAGUAUGUAACUGCAAAAUUUUUCAUUAGAAAAUCAAACAUGAUUGAGGGUGUCAUCGGCCUAAGUAAUAAGCUGGAUCUGGUAGUGUCA